AUGCAGCAGUACAUGUGGGUGGAACAGAACUUAUCGAAUGGUGGAACACCGUUUGGUGCUGACCGGUAUGCGGCCACAGCCGCAGCGGUAGCUGCCGGAGCUGGUUCGAUGCUCCAUGGCAUACCGCCGAAGCAUGCUCAACUUGCUGGUGUUCAGCAGCAGGAAUGGCAGCAGCCACGAUCGCCAAUGCCGUCCGAUGGCCAACAAGUCCCUCAUCAACCUCAGCAUCCCUAUCCAGGUGGUUAUCCACCACAAUUUAUGCAGGGUCGCCCAUCUGGAUUCCCUUGCUAUCCCGGCUAUCCUACAAUGCCUCCAGGACAGCCGACCUAUCCAGGAAGUGCACCUCCACCGGUCGCCUACCCUCAUAUGAUGCGACCACAACAGCCAGAACUUGUUCGUAUGCCCCAGGGACCAACACCAGCUGAAUGGGCUGCUCAACAGCAACGUGCCCUCAAGGAAGGCAAUCCUCCAACUCCAGCGAGCCUUCCAGCUCCUAGUCCUGCUGCGUCAUCUGUCGCGGACGAGUCCAUGGACGACAAAUCGCGUUUGGAGUCUCCGUCUUGGUCAAAUCAGGGACAGCGUACUCCGCAUCCUAGUGCACCUCCUCAUCCAUCAGGAAUGAUGAUGCAUCCGGGCAUGAUGCCACCGCAAAGUAUGAUGCCGCCCGUGAUACAGCCCACCACACCUGCCGGGCCACGUAAAGAGAGCAUAGUGGAUAAACUUGUUGGACCACCGACGGCGGCGAAUCCACCACGGGUGAUGCCUGAACGGCGUAUGUUUUUUGAGCGCCUUGUUCAGUUUUGUGAGCAACACGGUGAACCAAUCACCAUGAUACCACAGGUAUCCAAACAAAAUGUUGACUUGCACCGAUUAUACAUCGGUGUCCGAAAUCGUGGAGGUUUUGAGCAGGUAACGAAAGACAAAGCAUGGAAAGCUAUCUGCACCGAGGCCAAUCCCGAGAUCUCGCAGUCGUCGGCUGCUGGGUAUCAGCUUCGGAAACAUUAUGAGAAGCACCUGUUGUUGCUCGAAUGUGUGGAGACGGGUCGUCGUCCAGAAGAUGCGGUGGCGUUCGCGGACGGCCUUAAGAGGCAGCGGAGGAAGGAUCCUGCUGCUUCCGCUGCUGCCGCGGCAGCCGCAGCCGGGGGAACUCCAAGUGGAUCUCUGCCUCCAUUUCCAGGCAACAAGAGGAUAUACCAUGAAAAGAUUGGUGACAAGUAG